UUUUCUUUCCUUUUGUACUUAGUGUCCAUAUAGAGUUUCUAGCAUGUGGUAUCCUAUAUAUACACAUCCUUUGUUCAUAUUGUGAAUAUCAUACGCACCGACGGAGGAACAAAAAAUAAGGGAAGGUUGAGCUAUUGUAGAAUGUUGAUUCGGAUUGACAUGUCUAAGGAGCUCCCUACAUCCUUUGUGGUCUCUCUUUCUGAUGGAGAACAAUUUACUCAAAAGGUUGUGUAUGAAGGCCUUCCAAACUAUUGCUAUCAUUGUAAAAAGUUUGGCCACAACCAAUUGAGCUGUAGGGUUCUCCGAGCCCUAAACCACAGACAAUCUGGGAAUUAUUUUGACAAGCGUGACAGGAACACCUUUGGGAAGGCUGACUUGGUUAGGAAAGGGGCUGAUUCUGCCCUGGGUAUUCCAGCCCCUGCCAAACCGAGAAUAAGGAGGAGAAGAGCUAAGCGUAAGUUGGGACGUGGACCUAAGGCCUUGGGCAGUCAUGCCAUGCCCACCCCCACUGCGUUGCCUUCCCUAAAGGACACCAUGAAGACGGCCAGGACUGAGGGUAAUGGCACAGAACCUGCUGCCAAAACCGUGAACCAUGAUGGGCAGGGUGAUGUUUGCUCUUCCACCACUAUUCCGAAGGAUUCUCUUGAUCCUAGUGGUGCAACAAAGUCUACGGCCAAGGCUACUAAGAAAGUAGCACAAACAGAUGCUAAAGUUUUGGGAGAUGGAGCUCCAGCUUGAUCGACUACUAGCCCAAGCAAUGGGGAGAGUGGACAGAUCAGAUCAUGGAUUACAUAAGCUAGCACCGGCCAAACUUCGGGAGCUCAUUGCCUGCAACCCUCCUUGUUUGAGGGAUGCCUAUGGAGCUCUGGUGGAUACUCUGGAGUAUACGCACUGGGAAAGAUCAAUGAAAAUGCUUGGACGAAUCAAAUAGUCUUGGCCUU